GAAUCCGUGUAGAGUGUUGCUUUUUCCCUGCUUGGAAUAGCACGCAGGAAACAGAGCGGAAUGAAAGUGAAAUGCGGGACGGUGAUGGACGGCAAGAAGUAGUAGUAGUAGUAGUAGUAGUAGCAGUGGUGUGGUAGUAAUACGCCCACGCUGCCACCGUACGAUUUUCCAAACCCUUUCGGAGGUUCCGCUCCGGGUGGUUGUGCUGUUUGUGGUGCGCACUUGUAACGGUGUAGUGAUUUAUUACUGGAACGAUAGUACUCGAAACCGGUCGAGCAAAGUACGGCAAUAGCAGUGAUUAUUGUUUCGCCGUUCGUGUGUACGAACGGAGAGUGUAAGGUGUUUGUUGCGCCACUGGUAUGGCACAGCAAAAGUUCUUCUCGGGCUUAACCGAGGGUAUGAUCAAUCGGGCAUCCGGUGAGCGACCCGAUCGGCAGAAAACUCAAUUCUACUGGCCGGAUGAGUACGCACCGGAACCGGAACCAUCGCCCACGAUCAAUGGUCGCCCAGUCAACCGUCGUCCGUCCGGGACGCCGAUCGGUUCCAACCCACAGCCAACCACAGAACGACGCAUCGAUCAACACACCGCCAGUGAACCGCCAGUCGCACGGGACCGUCUGCCAAAGCACGCCGAAUCGCACAUCCAGUUUUACGACGGUGUAGGUUCGUCGUUCGGUGAGCUGGAGCGCACCAAGGCACACGAGCGGCUGCGGAUCGAGCAGUUUCUCCGACAGCAGUCCGAGGAAGACACGGGCGAAGCGGCCCGCGCAAAGCGACUCAGUACGCUCCAGUCAAAGAUUGAGUUUUACGAUUACUGUGCGCCCCUCAAUGGUGCAACCCGUCGAAAUGGUGGCCCAUCCGGUCGACACAGCAACGGGUUUGGCGGCAGUGAACACGACCGUAAUGGGGACACUGCCUUCGAGCAGGAUCCCGGUGAGGAUGAGCUGGAUUUCGAUGAUCGCAGCAGUUACCGCUCGAGCGUCUGCUCCUCAACGCAUACGACCCCGACGAGUGGCCACCGUCACCAUCACCAGACCGGAUCGGAGCUGCCCGAACACAAACGCAACUCCCAACGGCAUCUGCGGUCCAGCAUCAACUUCCACAAUGGCUGCACCAUCGCGGACGACAGUGAGGACCCGCGGAAACCGGUCACCGUGCGUGAAUCGGCCACGACGCGCGUUGGCGUCGGGUUGCCGAACCUGUAGCCGAGCUGUAGCCGCACGCACGAAACCGCUCCCUCCCCUCUAAAACUCUUGCUCUCUGCUGUGUGUAUGUACGAUCGGUGUGUUUCGCUACAAGUACAUCCCCGGAUGACGUCACGUACCUGAAGA